UGCCUCUGAUCUGUUGUUUUUCCCCGCGUCUCUCUUCUCUGAAUCCAUGGCUGAUUGAAUCCAUGGCGCCCCAUUUUGAGCUCUCCAACCAUGGCCUAUGUUUCUCGCUUUACGUUUCUCCUGGGGACUUUCUCGCUCUCUGUUUUCUCCUACUUGCUCCCACUCUUCUGUCACUUCACCUCAUUCCUCUUCAGAUUAAGAAAGGGCGAUGGUUCUUUGGAGAAAAGUUUUGAUUUUUCGGAGGUUGAUGGUGCAGAAAGCAAGAGAGAAUCAGGUAAAGCAGAGAACAAAUCCCACAAGGAUUUCGGUUUCUCCGAAGAAAAAGAGAGGUUGGUUACAGAUUCUGAUUCUGCGUCAACUGGUUUUGAGCAUAUGAGCAGAUUAGGAGAUUCCUUGAGCGAUGGAUUCUUGUCAGAUGAAGAUUUCGAGAUCGAUUCCUUUAAGGAUUUGGACGUGGUUAUAUUCCACCACCCAGAAAUCCCAGACGAUUAUUCUGGGCAGUUUGCUGGCAGUGAAGAAAGUGAUGUAAUAAUGGAAGAAGAGCUCAGGGAGCUGGAACAAGAUCAUCUCUGCAGAUUUUUAUCAGAGAGUGAUUUUCAUGAAGAUUUGGAUUCUGGGGAUAAUGCAAACAGACGAUGGGAACAUCAAGAGUUGAUCCAACAAUUGCAGUCAGAACUUAGAAAGGUUAGAACCAAUAGCCUGCCCACAAUUCUUGAAGAAUCUGAUGAGUCUCCAGAAAUAAUAAUGGAAGAAGACUACUUGGAAGAAGACUACUGGAAGCCAUGGAAGAAUGUUGACCAAAGCUUCCAGCCUCAAAAUUUCAUGGCUGAUGAGCUCCACCAAUUCUACCAUGCUUACAGAGAGAGGAUGAGAAGAUUUGACAUAUUGACCUAUCAGAACAUGUAUGCUAUAGGUUUUCUGCAGAAAGAACCUCUAAAAGAUCCACUGCAACUACUCUCAACCCAGAAAUCUUCAUCAUCACUCAAGUCCCUACUUUCACAAAACAUUUGGCUAUUCAAACACAAAAACCGUGGGGUUGAUCCACUGACAAGCUUCAUCAAAGAAGUGCGCAGAGAUCUGGAAGCUGUAUAUGUUGGGCAGAUGUGUCUCUCCUGGGAAUUUCUGCACUGGCAAUACGUAAAAGCCUUGGAUCUCCGGGGCUCUGAUCCGCGCCGGAUCCAUCGAUACGAUGAAGUCUCUGAGGAGUUUCAGCAGUUUAUGGCGCUCAUGCUGAGAUUCAUGGAUGAUGAACCAUUUCAAGGGACAAGAGUUCAGCAUUACAUCAAGUGCAGAUGUGAUUUUCCCAGUCUUCUACAAGUUCCUCUGAUAAAGGAGGAUAGCUGGAUGGAGAAGACGAAGGCCAACCCAAUUACAAGUGACAUGCUUGUGGAGAUCCUGGAAGAAUGCAUAAGAACAUUCUGGCGGUUUGUCAAAGCUGAUAAGGAAUCCUCUGCAGGCGCGGUGGGGAAGGGGCAGAAGAGAGUGCAUCCAGAAGUUCGAAAUGCAGAAGAUAUUGGGCUGUUAAGGGAGGUCACAAAAAGUCUUCACAAGAAGGAGAGGAAGCUGAAAGACAUAUUGAGAAGUGAAAACAGCACGUUGAGGGGUUUCAGUAGGUGGAAGGAAGAGGAUACAGAUCAUCAUCAUCAUCAUCAUCAUCAUCAUGUUCUUUACUUCUUUUCUCAAGUGGAUAUGAAGUUGGUUUCAAGGGUGCUUAACAUGUCUGCAAUAACAAGAGACCAACUGCAAUGGUGCCAUAACAAAUUAAGCACCAUUAGCUUCCAACAAACAAAAAUUCAAGGUUUCGAAAGGCUAUUUUGUGGAUAUUUUUUAUAGUCAACUUUUAGGUUUACCGUCAGCGACGAGUAGAAGAUACAGUGAGCACUGAAAGAGAAGAAGUGAAGAAGAUGGUUCAGAGAUUGACGUAUCGGAAGCGGCAUAGCUAUGCCACCAAAUCAAACCAACACAGGGUCAUCAAAACUCCCGGUGGAAAGCUGAUUUACCAGAGUACCAAGAAGAGAGCUAGUGGUCCUAAAUGUCCUGUUUCUGGGAAAAGAAUUCAAGGGAUCCCGCACCUAAGGCCUGCUGAAUACAAGAGAUCCAGAUUGCCUAGGAAGAGGAGGACUGUGAAUCGUCCCUACGGUGGUGUCCUUUCUGGCAGUGCCGUUAGGGAGAGAAUCAUCCGCGCUUUCUUGGUUGAAGAACAAAAAAUUGUGAAGAAGGUUUUGAAGAUUCAGAAAGCUAAGGAAAAGCAAGCCUCGAAGAACUGAAAAUCAUAAGGGAUUAAUAAAAGUGUCAUGAAGCAUGAUGUUUAGUGUGUUCAGAAUUCGGUGUGAACAUUUAGUUGAACGUUUACUUUCUAGACUCGACCUUCGAGUAUGAUUACCACUCAUAAUCCGAAAGUAUUCCCGUGAAAAACAACCUUAUUUCA